CAUCAAGAAGCUCAAGCCGAGGUAUUGGUCAGUACCUUCUAUAAAGAAUUUAAAAGCCAGGCAUAUAUGAGUUCUGUAGCUGCCUGGGUGUAGAUUAUUGAGAGCCAGAUUGCACGUCAAUGCCAUAGAGCCGUGUCUGCCAUCGUCGCACUUACGUUAUUCCAGCCAUACGGAUGCAACGGACUGAAAUGUAUGUAUUGUAGGUGAAAGAAAUCCCCCGCACAUAUCUCAUCGAGGAUGACGCCAGUCAGAUGAUGGGUAACACAAGCAACCCCAAAGCGGGAAGUGAGAUCAUCGACAGGAACAGAAUGGAUCACACGGCGGCCUCGGAUGACUCCUGCCAAGAAAAGAGAUUCGGCACAUGUGAGGAGCUGCCCAGUUUGACAUGGUCCACGCCCACAUCCUCUGGUCACCAUUUCUAAAUCACAACUCUCCCAUCUUAGACCUCCGAUAGAAUUAGAAGACAUGGCACCACUCCUUGCCGAGGAAGUCAUCAAGCAUUCCGCAUACAACACCAUCAAUUAUGACCUUUCCGCCACAACGUCUGGAUCAUGUACCGUGGCGCAAAACAGGCGAGGAGGGCCCUUGAACAUCAACUAUGAGAUCCAUGGCACUGGCCCCGUGAAGCUCGUGUGGGUAAUGGGUCUCAAUGCAACGCUUAAGGACUGGAGGCGUCAGACCAAAUACUUUGGUCACCAGCACGCUUCCAAAUAUACAUGUCUGGUCUUUGACAACCGCGGAGUUGGCCGGUCGGAUAAGCCGGUCGCCUAUUACUCCACAUCCGAGAUGGCUCGCGAUGUGGUGGACCUGGUCGCCUCGCUGGGCUGGAUCGACCUUGCUGCUCCGCCGAAACGAUCGAUCCAUGUCAUCGGUGCUAGCAUGGGUGGUAUGAUCGCCCAAGAAAUUGGAAUGCUCAUUCCCGAUCGCUUAUUGAGCCUGACCCUCUGGUGUACCGCUCCGCGAUUGGUUCGGACAGGUCCGUUCCUCGAAAACUUGCGUGAACGGGCGGGCAUGUUCAUUCCCCGCCAUGUCGACAUAGAGCUCGAGAGGAUGGCAAGGAGUCUCUUCCCCGAGGACUUCCUGGCCGAACCAGAUACGGAGUACGAGGACCCAGCGAUGAACUUUCCUACCAAGCGUGAUCGGUUUGCUGCUGGUAUGCUGCAUAAGCGUGCGGACACCGAAGCGCAUACGAAGAAAGGAUUCAUGAUGCAGGUGCUGGCUUGCUAUUUCCAUCACAAGUCAGCGGAGCAGCUCAAAUCUCUGGGAGAUCAAGUGGGGAGGGAGCGGAUCUUCGUGUGCCAUGGCACUAGAGACUUGAUGCUGACGUUUCGCCAUGGGGAAAUAAUACGCGAGGAGAUCGGUGAUGGGAUCCAAUGGAAGGUUUUUGAAGGCAGCGGCCAUAUGCUGGGCUGGGAGAGGGAGAACGAGCUGAACAAGAUGCUUGAAGAGUUUGUUGAUAGAUGCACCUGA